GAAAGCAAACGAUAAAAUUGGGUGAGCUCGAGUUCGUGCUCUUGCAUUUUCGUCUUUACUCGAGGCUGGCCUACAAAACAUGUAACAGAGCCGACUCGCUGAUUCGCUACGUUUGCAUGCGCUGCUCCCAGCAAGGAGAGUGGUGAGGGCCAAAAAAUCCUACGUUCUGCGGUUCUGGAGACACUGCUGCAAUCAGAAAAAGUACACGCGCGCAUAUCCUCGGAUUUGAAGCGCUAGUUGAUUUAAAAAAUCACAUUUGUUCGAUCCAGCGGAGAAAUAAUAAUAAAUCAAAAGAUCUGUUCACCAACUGAUAAUUAAUUAAAUGUUCCUGAUAUAAUAUUUAAGAUUUGGUAUUUUGAUCAAUUUGGUAAUUCGUGGAGUGCAUAAAACUACAAGGAAUUCUGAAGAAGUCAUCAGUGACUUGAAAAGUUCUCUACUAACUACGAUUACUUCAGCCAUACAAAAUGACGUUUAUUGUUGCUGCUCUUCUUAAUGCUUUCUUAGUCAUCAGUAACGCAGAAGUGUUGCCGUUAACUGUGUCAGAUAACCAGGUAUUGAUUGGUGGUAAACAAGGAAGUCUCUCUGGUAUGAGUUUUUUCUGGACAAACGACGAUUGGGGCGGAUCAAAAUUUUACAACAAGCAAGCAGUAGAAUGGUUGAAGAAUGACUGGAAAGCUAGGGUGUUACGCGGUGCUAUGGGAAUUGAAAACUCCGGUGGCUAUUUACUAGAUGCCGAAAACAACAAAGCAAGAAUUAAAACUCUUGUGGAUGCAGCGAUUGAAUUUGAUAUGUAUUGCGUCGUUGAUUGGCAUGAUAAUUAUGCUCACCUACAUAAGGAUGCUGCUAUUGCAUUUUUCGAAGAAAUGGCAAGGUUUUAUAUUGGUAAAAACAACUUAAUAUUUGAACUCUUUAAUGAGCCACAGGACGAUGUCUCAUAUACUAACGACGUGAAGCCUUAUGCUGAAGAAGUAAUUAAGAGAAUCCGGGAUACUGGUAGCACAAACGUGAUUCUAGUUGGUUCAACCCACUGGGAUCAGGAUGUUGAACAGGCUGCUGCCAACAAAAUUACUGGCUAUGAAAAUAUUGCAUAUACUCUACAUUUCUACGCUAAUAGCAUAAACAAUGCUGGUCAAGAUAUGAGGGACAGGGCAACUGCUGCACUUAAAAAUCAUACAGCGCUGUUUGUCUCCGAAUGGGGCACCGUUGAAGCAAAUGGCGAUGGUCCUGUUAAUGCAGAGGAAACUAAAGCCUGGGUUGACUUUAUGAAAGCUAAUCACCUCAGUAACUGCAACUGGAGUCUCAAUGAUAAGGCGGAAGGUGCUUCUGCUUUAAAACCGGGAGUGCGUGUUGAUGGACAAUGGACUGAAUCAGAUCUCACCGAAUCAGGAAAACUCGUACGAGAAAUUAUCAGAACAUGGUCUGACUGAAAUGAGUUUUUAGAUAAAUUAUGAUUUUAUUUCAUUUAAGAACCUAUUUAGCCUGUUCUGGUCCACUAUAAAUAUAUCAGUUGGUUGUUAACAAAA